AUGGCAAUGGCAAGUGACAUCAACAUGAAGAAUGAAAAAGGAGGAACAUUUCUCUGUGAAAUGUGUGGUUUGACGGAGUCCUAUAACUACUAUGGCUGUAAACCACCCUUCCAUAAGGAUAUUACGUUUCUGGAGAACUGUUACAUAAUGAAAGACCCAUUCCAGAGUGCUGGCACAAAGUCCUUUCUCUUACUGGGAUCAGAAUGUGUGGCUUGUAAGAGAGUUGUGUGUCAGGCAUCCUCGUGUAGUAUCUUUUACACUAAGAGGUUUUGCCUUGAUUGUGCAAGAACAUGUAUAGAAGAGUUUCCCCCAGAAAUGCAGAAACGAAUUGGGAAAUAA